GUAAGAGGACUUGAUCCGACUCACGCCCCAAACUGCAAUUACGUUUACAGCCGAAAAGAAUUGAAAUAUUACAAGCAUUCUUAUUUCGCCGGUGGUUUACAUAGUCUUUCCUCGAGCGCUAUAGUACGCUUUGAGUUAAUGAAUACGAGAUUAUUAAAUGCCGUUUUUGGUAUUUGUUUUGAUGUAUUCGUGUAUGAGCUACUGGACACAUUCCUAAUUGUGAAUACCUUGUAAUUAGAGCGCCUGUAUAGAGUCUACUACUAAUCUACAAUUAGCGGCAUCUGUUGAGUAACACUGCUACUAAAACCGUGAACAGACGAAAUACCUAGCGCGCAUGUGUCAAGGGAAAGAAAGCAACGAAGGAAGGGUGUUGAGGUUUUGGAAUGGCAGUUACAAAUUAGCACCGCAAAGCUCUCCAGCCGACUCCGAUUUUGUGAAAAUAUGAAUAGUCACAGUUUUACAUUAGCUGAACGGCUAAUUCCGGCGACUUAUUUACAACAAGCGGCAGCAGCAAAGAAAACGAGAGAGAGCCUCGUCAGACAACUCAUUGAACAGAGAAAAUGGCCAGAAGAGGGAUGGGAUGACACCACUAUAGAGAUGUUUCUCACUGAUUUGUCUCAGAUGGACAGUAAUAAUUUCCCUGGUAACUGUGGCAUUGGUGAGAGAGAAGCGAGAAUUGCCUCAGCACUUGUGGCAAGAAGACAUUAUCGACUGGGUCAUGGCAUUGGGCGUUCUGGGGACCUGGGGGAAGUACAGCCAAAAGCUGCUGGUUCCAGUCUCAUGAACAAGCUCACAAAUUCUCUUGUCCUGGAUGUGAUCCGUUAUAUGGGUGUUAAGACUACUGCUGGUUGUUUUGUUGUUCCUAUGGCCACUGGAAUGAGCUUGGUAUUGUGCAUGCUUACUCUGAAACAGGAAAGGCCAGAUGCCAAAUAUGUUCUUUGGUCCAGAAUUGACCAAAAAUCUUGCUUUAAAUGUAUAAUAACGGCAGGUUUGCAGCCCAUUAUAAUUGAAACCAUAACAUCAGGUGAUGAAUUGCGAACAGAUCUAACAGCAAUGGAGCAUCAGAUAGCAACCUUAGGAGCAGAAAAUAUUUCUUGCAUCAUGACGACAACGAGCUGCUUUGCUCCAAGAGCUAGUGAUUCUGUAGAACAAGUUGCAGUUUUAUGCAGUAGAUACAAUAUACCACAUGUUAUAAAUAACGCUUAUGGUUUACAAAGCUCACGAUGUAUGCAUAUAAUUCAAGAAGCAGCAAGGAAAGGAAGAGUGGAUGUGUUUGUACAGAGCACUGACAAAAAUUUUCUUGUCCCUGUGGGUGGUGCAAUAAUAGCAGGAUUCGAUAAAGGGCUAGUUGAGCGAAUAUCUCGAAUGUAUCCUGGCCGUGCAUCUUCCAGCCCUGCAAUGGAUGUUUUCAUCACACUUCUCUCACUUGGUGUGUCAGGGUACAAAAACCUCGUUACACAGAGGAAAGAAAUGUAUAACUACCUCAAAGAAGAGCUCACCAAAGUAGCAUUGAAACAUGGUGAACGCCUGCUUGAUACAAAAAAUAAUCCAAUAUCAAUAGGUAUGACACUGACUUCUCUGGUUGGUACUGAUACCAAAACCAUAACAAUGCUUGGGUCUAUGCUUUUCCUCCGUUGUGUAUCUGGUACAAGAGUUGUUACAGGAACUGAUAUAAAGGAGGUAGCAGGUCACAAGUUUGAAGGCUGGGGUGCACAUAACAGUAGUUACCCUGUGCCAUAUCUGACAGCUGCAGCAGCACUCGGUAUGCGCAAAACAGAUGUAGAUCUGUUUGUACAUCGCCUAGACAAGGUCCUAGGAAAACUGAAGGGACGUAGUGCUCCACCAACACCAACCUCUGCAGAAGAGCUGGCAGCCAUGCGCCGUGUUAUGCGUGGCGGAUCGAGUGCACUUAAUGGAGAAGCGAGUGGUGGCAGUGAAAUGCAGAGCCAGAGCAGCAACAGCACGUCACUCGCCAGCAGUAAGGACUCUUUGCGCAAGUGAUGGUUGGUGUCCGUCGAUGCCCGCUGUGACUGUCACCGCGGUGCAUCCGACGAUAGUGAUAAUGCCUCCAAUGGGAGCCUGCCUUAAUGGUAUAAGCUCCUUGCUACCGUCUUAAGAAAUUUUAAUUCCAGCCAUGAAGUCUCCAUGGGUGUAUCAGUUAUUCCAUAUUUGCUUGGGGUGAAGACUUGCUGUUACAUCUCUCUGAUCUGAAAUUUUAGGUACUUUAUGUUUCUACAAAAUGAUUUACCCAUUUUGUACAAAAGGACAACUAUUUUUAUGUUUGCCCUAUCCAAAAGUGGCAUGUGGCAAGAGUAUCUGCAAUGUAAUCAUUACAAUGCCCUGACAUUUUGCUACGUGUAAAAUAUAUUGCAGUGACAUUAUUUGCAUUUGUUACAAAUUUGACAUGUUAGUGGCAUCAUAGUAGAAGUGUACCCAAGCCUUCCAGUAAUAUUUUUAAACUAGUGUGUUUUACAAAUUGUCAAAGGAUGUGGCUGGCAUUCAUUAAGCUGAAGAGAAAAUACAUUAAUCACCUUUACACAAAAGCAAUGUUUUCCAGAGAUCUUGGGGAGCAACAAGAAUAAUUGAAAUAAGUGUUGAUAUUGUAUGUCAGUAUGGGUCUCUUAAUAGAGUUUACUUAGAGGUGUCACUAUACAGACACAAGUGUAAAGCCAGUAAUAGACACAGAGCUUAAAUGCAAAUGACAGGAAAUGUACAGUACUGUGUUACCUGCUUGAAGAUAGUUUUAAAGAUAUAAAUAUUUAUGCUGCCUGGUUUUUGUUUUGCAGUUUGUUGAAUUGUCCAUAAAAAUAGUUUUUGAUACUUGUGUAGUAUACAUGCAUGUACAAAAGUUAAUGUUAACCAUGUUUCCCAGGUAAAAACUUUGGAUGUUACUGAUCUGUUUUGUUAGUAAAUUAUUAAAUGUAAUAGUUGGGUAAAAUCUGAUUUGUAUCAGCAUAGCCACAGCUUUUAAUGUAUAUGUAUUAUUUUUCCAGCCAGAUUAAGGUUUACAGUGAAGAUUUGAUAGGCACAAAUGUAUUGUGGAUGUUAUGAUCUUUUAUUGGUGUUGAAGUGUGAGGAUGUGGUAUGUCCUUGCAAGACUAUUGUGCCUGUGAGUUAAUGUGAAUGUUAUAAUAGGCUGUAUGUCAUCAAAGUCUUCCAUCUCUUUGAUUUAGUGAGGGGUUUAUAUUUAAUCCACUUGUUAAAAAUAAUUCAUAGUUUAUGUGGUGCCUUGAAAGACUUUUAGAUUAUCAUUUAACUUUUGAUUGGCUGUAGCAAAACAGUAAUAAUUUGGUUUCAGUUAAUUUUGAUAAUUCUUCCUGGAAAUUGUGGUCUGACAGGUUUUGCAAAGCCAGUAUUUGAUGUGAAUGGUGGGUUUCUUACAUUGUACAUGAGUUAACAUUCACAGCUGACAGACGCUUCGUUGCAGAACACAGGAUGGGAAAAAAAUGAGACAAGGUUUUGUUAGGAAGUGAGAAUUCUUUUAGCUGAAUCUUUCUUACAAAUUAUUUCUAACUGCCAGAAAAUUUAUUUUCUCUGUCUUUUGAAAGUUAUAUUUAAUGUUGUUAAAAUCUACUCUUUAGAAUUUGUUGGUCAGGAAACAAGAGACCAGUUAAACUUCACAGUGUUAUUGGGUACAUGGUAAAUAAUAUCUUUGAAAAUAAUAAGAGCAUUGAGAAUCUGUAACAGUCAGGAUGCACUUCUGUUUUCAAGGACUUAUUUCUUUAAUCAUCUGCUAUGAACUCAAUGGAACAUGAAACUAUUGCUUUAGAAAUUUUGGUACCUUUUGCUAUUGUGAUAGUGAGAAGAAAAUAACUAAUUGCUAUGUACCUGGUAUGUAUUUUAAAAUUUCAGUGUAACAAUGUUUGACAAAUGGGUUUAUGGUUUUGAUGGAAUUUGCUUGAUCAUUUGAAUGGUGUUUGUUUUGUUGUAUGAGAUGCUAAAAUUACUGUUGCUGUAGGCAUGAGAAUAUUACAUCUAAGUAAUUGAAAGUGAUGGGUUGAGGCUCAGAAAAUUUGUAAUAUAUAGCAAUACUUAUUUCAAUUCUGAUUAAGCUGGUUGAUGCAUUUUUGAUGUUGGCAACCAAGAAAAUUGGUUAUAAGAUGCUGUUAGAAGCAUAUAUGAUAAAGGGAGUGAUAUGUACAGAAUAACAUUUUGUUAAAUGUAUAUUUGUUAAGUAUGUGAUAAUGUAUAACCUGUUUAUUGAGACUCCAUUACACCAAAUUAGUGGAGGUUGUUUUUUAGUUUUUUAUGAGUGAUUUGUAUGCCAGUACUAGGCUACAUGGAAUGGUGAUACAUUAACUGAAGUUAAUGACUGAAUAAAUAUUUACAGAAUUGCAUGAUUAGUACAAACACAUUUUAUAUCAUGCAUGUAAGGAAACAUGCAGAGGACAUUUAAAAGAAAACAAAUGUUUCGCUGUUGGAAACUGGAAUAGUGCAGUGCAUGAGUGUUAAGAAUACAUUUUGAUGCACUGUAAAAGCUUUUGUUAAUGUUCCUAAUUUUAUUUGUGAUAGGUUUUAUGGAAUUAAAAUAAGAGUCAUCUUGUUUUACUUUAGUAACCAAUUUACAGGAUUCCAAGAUUCAGAUAGUUUCUUGUACAGAGUUACAAUCUGAAUUAAAUAGUAAUAUUUUCCAGCCAAUUAUUUGUUGAAAUGUUCUUAUGAAACUGUAAUAUUUAAAUCUGUCGAAAUUAGCUGCCGAAUUUAUGAUUGAUUUUUUUAAAACUAGAUUGUCAUUUAUUUAUAAAGGCUGUUAGUCUUAGCUACAUUUGAAGGUAAAAUGGGUGUUCUAGCAUUAAACUAUCUACCAAAGAAGAUUAUGAAAGUAAAAGAAGCUACAGAAGUGAGUUUUAAGUGUUGCAAUUAUACUCCUGUUGAUCAACAUCGAAAGGCUCAGGAGAACACUUCUUUUGCUGUGUAUAGCCUAAUCUCUCGUAAGAAACAAUGUGUGCUUGCAAAGCAUUUUCUUACCUGUUAUUACUUAAAAAAUAAACAUUGUCAUGUAGUGUUACAGUAUUCCAUUGAAAUGGGGAACUUCUGUAUAACAUGUGCCUGUAGUCUGCAUGCAUACACCCAACAGGUGCAUGAAAAACAAUAGCUAACAUUUGAUUGCCCAGUGGAAAACUUUUGUUUAAAAGUAUUGCCAUUGUUUUUACAACGAAAGCCGCAUUGGCUGGAAAACAAGAAGAAAAUUGAAAUACUCUGUGAUUAGUAUAAAUGUUCUGCAGUCUUGCUCAUCAUCUGUUCUUCAGCAGUUAUCAAAGCAGUACUAUAAUUUUGCCCUGUAACCUGAAGUUUGGCAUGUGGUCUGAUUUUAUUUGUUUUAUUAUUUUUUUUUCUACUGCUAUUAUUAGUAAUUUUGGUGAAAUGUUAAUCUUCUCCGUGCCCCAUUUAUAAGUUUUUGGCAGCAUACAAUUGGUUCUUUCUCAUACUACAAAGCUCUGUGAGAGGCAGGUGUGCAUGCUUCAGAUGUCUUCUAUGUUAUUCAUUUAUGUCUUUCAAAAGAUACCUGUUCUGGAAAUAUGUUUUCUGAGAAUGGUUUAAGUACUGGAGGACAUCAGUUUGAGCUAAAGUGUAAUUUUAAUUCUGUAUUUAGUGGUAUAAGUCUGGAAUUAAACUCUUUAUUUAUUGUGGUGCAAGACAUGCAUACUGGCAUGAAAACAAAGCAUGUCACUGAUUUGUGUGAAAGAAGAAACAUGUUUUAAUGAUGUCUCAGGUGCAGCUUGGUAAAUCGAACUAGGGUUAACACUGAAGUGCCAAUUUCAACAUUUGAUGUAGGAGAAAUAACUGAAAAAUACUGCAUGUUGUUGUUAAUUUUUUAUCAGAACUUGUCUUCCAUUCCUUUGAGACCACUAAUAAGUGACAGAAACCAAAGGAAAUAGUUCACAUUGAAUAACAGGUGUGCUCCGCACACUGACAAAGGAAGACUUGAAAGUUGGUUGUUGUAUCCAUGUUAUAUUUUGUCACUUGUCAGUCUGUCAAAACACUUUGUAUAAUUUUCCUUUGUUUUUUACAUUUUUUAACUGUGUUGGUUUUAUAAAGGCAUUUUUUCCACUUAUUGUUUUCUUGUAUUUUGACUGAGCCUUUUUCUUUCUUCAACAACAAUAAUAAUAAUAAUAAUAAUGUAUUUUAAAUAUUGACUGAUCACAUCAUAACAAAUUACCUUUUCAGAAAUGCUCUACAUUACCUAUUUCCCUUCAGCAAUUCCAUAUUUCUUUCUGUGAGAUAACUUUAUUUGAUUUGUUCUGUUUCCAUUUUUAGACACUAUUGGUUGCUUUGUGCUAGUAUGUCAUGUCUGUUUGAGAGGUUUCAGGAUUAUUUUCUUCUCUGUGUUGUAAUAUGACCAUUAUUAAUUUGCUACGUUUGUAAUAUAUUUUGAUGUGUGAUGUUACAUUACAGGUGUACAUCUUGUUCUGAUGUCACGUGAUAGGCUUUCAUCUAAAUUUUCAUUGAUGUCAUAGUUUAUGAAUUUGCCUUAUCUGUUCAUUGGUUCUCUUAACAAUAUUUUAUUUAAUGAUAGUGAAUCUAAUUAUGGUAGUUUAUUGGGUCAAUAAUAAAAUGAAUAUUUGUAUUCUUGAAGUUAUUACAUCGGUUGCAGAAGGAAAAGUUGUUGAAAAAUGCUUUGCAAACAUACAAUAUUGAUGUUAGUUGCCUCUGUUGCCAUGCAACUAACAGUAAUAUAUUACAACAAAAAAAGUAUGUAUUAAGGAUAAAUGGUAGUGUUAAUUCAGUGUCUUCUGUUAAUUGCCAUCAGAUGAAAGUUUUUUUAAAUUAAUUUGUGGUAGCAGUUUGUGUGUGUGUUUGUGUGUGUGUGUGUGUGUGUGUGAGUGAGAGAGAGAGAGAGAGAGAGGGGGGGGGGGGGGGUGACGGUGAUCGUAGGGGAGUUGAUAUCUAUGGAUAUUAUGUGUAUAUGUGUAUCUUAUAGUCUGAAAAUUUAGAGAAACUGACAGUGUGCUUCAUAAAGUAGUUGAAAUUAUUUUUAGAAUUUUUAUUGGACAGAUAGAGAAAAGAAAGGUGUGUGUGUGUGUGUGUGUGUGUGUGUGUGUGUGUGUGUGUGUUUUAGAGAGAGACAGAGGGGGGGGGGGGGGAUUUCCUUUUAAGGGAAUGGAGAACGAUGAUGAAUAAGUACUGAGCUACAGCAUGUUGGGAUAACAUUGUUUCACAAACUUCUUGCUUUUGUGCAGUGUCUAUUGUAAUCUAUAAGUGUGUAAUACAUGAGAAAUGCUCUCCAUCCUUGUUCUUCACUUUUUGCUGUAGCUAGGUGUGCUAUGGAGGAAAUUAGUAUGGGGCCCAUUUUCAUUGUUGCAAGUUGUUUUUUUUUUCCAUGUGGUGGUAUAUGGCGAAACAUCAACAACAAGAUAAGGGAAGACUGUUGCAAUGAGUUCAUUUGACAUAUUGUCUGUCAGUGUUUCCCAGCCAGAAGCCAGUUACAGUUGUAGCACAGCAAGGCAUAAGUAAUGAAAUGAUUAUUGAUGAUGUACAAUGUGUAGCAUUGCAUAGAAGUGCUGUAAGUUUAUGGACAUUGUGUUUCCCGUUAUAAAAUGAAAUGGCAUAAUGAUCUGUAAAAUUUGUCAUUAUUUAUUGUUUAUGUAAAGCUAAACUGGCAUUCUUUUAAAAAGAUGAGACACUGUUUACAGCAUAUUUUGAGAGUAUUUUAAUUUUCCAUAGUGGUGAGAAUUAAAAGUGGGAAGAGGUAGCUGAAACUGUUAAUGUUUAUAACUGUUACUGUACAAAUGUUCUAGGCUGCUCAAAAUCAUAGUGGCUUUCACUGUUAAGCAGGAAGGUAUAGUGUGUCUAUGUUAUGGUUAUUCCAUAAAUUUAAUAAAUGGAAGCUGCCAACUUAUGCUAAAAUAUUUUUAGGACCAGCAGCUUAACAUGUGUGGAUAUUUGGAUGUUAUGCAGGUAGUUACAGCCAAGGCUUAAUGUUGCAAAUAAACUUCAUGGACUUAUUACUUCUGAGCAAAUGUGCUAAGACAUUAUCAUCAUUUUUUGUGAUACCCUAAGUUAAUUUUUAUUGUCAGGUGCUAUGCAAGCACUAACACAUGCAUUCCUGUGAUAGUGAUUUUAGACUUCUUUUCAGUUACAAUUUCAAAUUUAGAAAAUCUAAAAUUUAGUUGAGGAUUUGUAACUUAAUGAUAUGCUGUUAGAUUGCUAAUGUAAAAGGCACCAUUUUAGCUAUCAUGGUAUCAGAUAUUAGCUGUAUUGUAGUUAGAAGAUUUUAUUGAGCUUAAAAUACAGUUCCACAUACUGUAAGAUUUUUCUAGGUUUUGGAAGGAAGUAAUGAUCACACAUCUAACACAUUUAUUGUUUGGUAUCUCUUGCAUAUAUUACAAUUUCUUCAAAAUGUGCAGCAGUCACUGAUAGUUUUCUUAAAAGCUUUCAGUGUAUUACUUUCUUCCUGUUGGUAUCCAACAAAAAGAAAGUCCUAAGUUAGACAUAUUUAAUGCCAGUUAAUGACAUUUCAGCGACUAGAUGCAUAAUGGAUGAAUGAAUGAUGCUAUUAUAACAUUCUGUUAUCCAUACUGACAGAUUACACUAGUCUAAAAUUUGAAUUACUGACAAAUCAUGAUAUGUGUCAUGAGGUCCCAAUAUAUUUUAUGGCUAGUAGAUUUGGCUGGUGUACUGAAGCUAAUAUAUGCCAGUGCAUACCAAGAAAUAUACUACCGGUAAUGAAGCAUAGCUGAAUCUUUUAAGUUUCGUGUAAAGAAACUUAAAGGCUUAUGAGAAGCAACGGAACAGUUAAAUUAAAAAUUUUGCGAUAUCAUUUGUGACGUGCAUUGACACUGCCCAUGAAAUUUUUGGUAUUUCAACACUUUUAUUUAAAAUCAUAAAACAAGUUCCAUAAGGCAUAAUGUGUGUUUUUCAGCUGUCCUAAAUCUUUAAUAAGUGUUUAAAUGCUUUUGAAACUAUUUAUGAGAUAAAAAGACUCACUAGUAUUACAUAUUUAUUGUACUAAAUAAACAGUGCCAGCCAUUGCGGGUAAUUUUAAAGUCAACGGACUAUCCUUAAAUGAUUCCACAAAUUGUGAAUAUAUGAUUAGCAAUAAUUUUAAUGCUCUUAUUUAUAUAUUUUUGUGUAGUCAUCACCAAGAACUUUUGUGAUUUCAUGAUGUCACAAAAAUGUUUUAUUUUUAUUAAAUACAAAAGUAUUUAUUUGACCCUGAU